UCCAUGGCUUCACAGAUUCCUCAUCCUCACCAACCACUUCUCAACCCCCAUCGAACUAUUCCAUGGCAGCGGCGGCGACGACGACAUCGUAUUCCACACUCUCUCCCAAACACAACAUUUCUGUCUCCACCAACAACCACCACCGUCCCUGUAAGAACGUUCUAGGGUUUAUAUCUGAAAACUCUAUUCCAAUACGUCCUCUUUCCCUUUCUUGGUCACGUCCAGCUAAAGUUCCAAUGAAAGUUUGUGCUACUUCGGCUGCGACUCCGGUGAUCCACACCAGCAAAUCGAGUUCCGGUGUUGCUCCCACCAUAGUCGAUGUGGAUCUAGGUGAUCGGAGUUAUCCAAUCUAUAUCGGAUCUGGUCUCCUUAAUCAACCGGAUCUUUUACAGAGGCAUGUUCAUGGGAAGAAAGUUCUCGUUGUCACUAACACAACAGUUGCGCCCCUAUACUUGGAUAAAGUUGUAAGUGCUUUGACGGUUGGAAAUCCUAAUGUUACAGUUGAAAGUGUGAUUCUCCCUGAUGGCGAGAAGUACAAGGACAUGGACACCCUCAUGAAAGUAUUUGACAAAGCCAUCGAGUCUCGGCUGGACAGACGCUGUACAUUUGUUGCCCUUGGUGGUGGUGUUAUUGGUGACAUGUGUGGAUAUGCGGCAGCUUCUUUCCUUCGUGGAGUCAAUUUCAUUCAGAUUCCUACAACUGUUAUGGCACAGGUGGAUUCUUCUGUUGGGGGCAAAACUGGAAUAAACCACCGAUUGGGGAAAAACUUGAUUGGUGCAUUCUACCAACCACAAUGUGUGCUCAUAGACACCGACACAUUAAACACAUUACCUGAUAGAGAAUUAGCAUCAGGGCUCGCUGAGGUCAUUAAGUAUGGGCUUAUUAGAGACGCCCCAUUUUUCGAGUGGCAAGAAAAGAACAUGCAGGCACUGAUGUCUAGGGAUCCUGAUGCUUUUGCAUAUGCUAUCAAGCGGUCGUGUGAAAACAAGGCUGAAGUUGUAUCUCAAGAUGAGAAGGAAAGUGGAUUAAGGGCGACAUUAAAUUUGGGCCAUACAUUUGGUCAUGCAAUAGAAACUAGCUAUGGCUAUGGACAUUGGCUUCACGGAGAAGCAGUUGCAGCUGGCACGGUAAUGGCAGUUGACAUGUCUUACCGGCUUGGUUGGAUUGAUAAAUCCAUUGUGGAACGAGUUGAUGACAUCUUAAAACAAGCUAAGCUGCCCACUUCUCCUCCUGAGAUGAUGACCAUCGAUAUGUUCAAGUCUGUCAUGGCGGUGGAUAAAAAGGUGGCCGAUGGAUUACUAAGGCUCAUCCUCCUAAAAGGUCCGUUAGGAAACUGUGUUUUCACCGGAGAUUAUGACAGAAAGGCCCUGGAUGAAACCCUGCGUGCAUUUUGCAAGUCGUGAGCAUAGGUAUGCUCCUCAUUCUUGUUGGUUGUGUUAGAUGUUUAUAGAUAUAUAUGCCAUAUUAUGGUAUAAUUUAUGUAUCAUAAUGAAGGGUCUUAGUUGGAGCGUAGAAUGCAGAUCUCUUUGCAUUUUGAUAAUAAUAUUUUUAUGAUCCCCCUUUGGUUCAACAUGAAUGAGAUAUUUUUUUGAAAC